AUGUAUAGGCAAAUUAAGGUACAUCCUGACGACUGGAAAUACCAACGGAUCCUGUGGAUCAAUCCAGACAACAAUCUCGUUACGUACGAAUUAACUACUGUUACCUAUGGGUUAGUUUGUUCGCCAUUUUUAUCUCUCCGGACAUUGCAGCAAUUGAUAGAAGACGAAGGAGAGAAAUUUCCUCUGGCCGUUCCUUCGUUAAAAAGAGGCAGAUAUGUAGAUGAUAUAUUUGGAGGAGUCGAUACCAUCGAUAAGGCUCAAGAGAUAGCCCAUCAACUAAAUCAUCUCUGCAUGGCGGGCGGUUUUCGACUACAGAAAUGGAUAAGUAAUCAUUCUGCCGUUUUAACAUCAAUUCCGAAGGAAUAUCAAAUAACUUCUACGAACUUCCAAAUUGAGGAUAAUGCAAUUGUUCACGCUCUAGGAUUGUGUUGGCAACCGUCAACCGACACAUUUCAAUUCACAUUAAAAUUUCCUCCCACAAAGGUUUUAACAAAGCGAACAGUCCUAUCUACCAUAUCCACCUUGUUCGAUCCUAUAGGAUUACUGUCUCCUAUCACGAUCACCGCAAAGAUUUUCAUGCAAGAAUUGUGGACCCUUCGAUUGAGCUGGGAUGAUCUUCUGCCGGUCAAUGCAGCAACAAAGUGGAAUAAUUUCCUUACAGCACUGAAAGACAUGCCUCAAUUUAACUUCCCACGAUGGCUUGGAGGCCAAGCCAAUAGUACAGUGGAAAUUCAUGGAUUUUGUGACGCUUCACAACACGCCAUGGCGGCAAGUGUUUACCUGCGAACCACCAAUGAAGAUGGAAGCGUGACUACCAACCUAAUCGCAUCAAAAACCAAAGUUGCACCCUUAAAGCGACUCACGAUUCCACGGCUUGAACUCUCCAGUGCCAUCAUUUUAACAAAGCUUGUGGUUCAUAUCUUGAGGAUACUUGACGACGAGAAUGUCGUUAGUAGG